CCUAACCUGAUAAAUGUUGCUCAGUUUAUUUGACAACAUAGUGAGUAGUCUGUGUUUGUCAAUUUGCGAUCAAUCAAACACAAAAUUGUUAAGUUUGUUGUGUAAAUUAAUAAUAUUGUAGAUUCUGUAAAACCUUUCGACUGCUGUAAAGUUAACAAGUCCUGUGAGUAAAGGUUCGAUCUGGGCUAGGAGGAUGUACAAUCAAAGCUCUAUAGGCAGUUUUGCCUCUACGACAACAGUGGCCAAGCCCAAUCCGAUGAACGAUUAUGAAGUGGUGCAGCCGCCAGAUGAUUCCAUCAGUUCUCUGGCUUUUUCUCCAGCAGCCAUUCCGCAAACGUUCCUGGUAGCUGGCAGUUGGGAUAACAAUGUGAGAUUGUGGGAAAUUGAACAGUCGGGAACCAGCAUUCCGAAAUCGAUGCAGUCCUGCGGCGGGCCAGUGCUAGAUGUGGCUUGGAGUGAGGAUGGGACCAAGGUAUUUAUGGCUGGCUGCGAGAAACAAGCCAAAAUGUGGGAUUUGGCCAGCAACCAAGUAGUGCAAGUGGCCGUUCAUGAUGCCCCAAUAAAAACAUGCCAUUGGAUCCCCAACUACCCCUGCUUAAUGACUGGCUCUUGGGACAAAACCCUCAAAUUCUGGGACACGAGAAGUCCAACUCCCAUGCUGAGUAUUAAUCUGCCUGAAAGGUGUUACUGUGCCGAUGUGGAUUAUCCGAUGGCCGUUGUCGGUACGGCUAAUCGACACAUUAUCGUUUAUCAACUCGAAGGAAAGCCGCAGGAAUUCAAGAAAUUGGACAGUCCCUUGAAGUACCAACACAGAUGUAUGAAGAUUUUCAAGGAUAAAAAGAAACAACCCGCAGGUUAUGCACUCGGCUCGAUCGAAGGUCGGGUUGCCAUUCAAUACGUAAACCCAACCACAGUCAAAGACAACUUCACCUUCAAAUGCCAUCGCUCGAAUGGCACGCCGAAUGGAUUCCAGGAUAUUUAUGCGGUGAAUGAUGUGGCUUUUCAUCCAGUUCACGGCACUUUAGCAACUGUAGGGUCCGAUGGAACAUUCAGUUUCUGGGACAAGGACGCUCGCACUAAACUGAAAGCCUCCAGCGAGAUGGAACAAUCGAUUUCAACGUGCGCUUUCAACCACAAUGGCCAGAUAUUCGCCUAUGCCGUCAGCUACGAUUGGAGCAAAGGUCAUGAGUAUCACAAUCCUCAAAAGAAGAACUACAUUUAUCUGAGGAGCUGUUUUGACGAGCUGAAACCCAGACCUACUUCUUAAUGCUCUUCGUUCCGACUCAUUCUGUAAUAUUUAGAGAAUCUUCAAAUACGAUUUUUGAUUUUGUUGUCAAAUAUUAAACAAUUGAUUAAAUAAAAAGUUGAAGAUCCGCAAAAAA